AUGAAAAGUUUUGAGCUUCUCUUGUUUAUUUUCUUAUGCAUACAAACCACCAACUCUAGUGUUACUGGUACAAACACAAAAGUAGUGGUUUGUAGUAAGAUAGAGAGACAAGCCCUUCUCAGCUUUAAGAAGGGACUUAAAGAUCCAACAAAUUGGCUCUCAUCUUGGAUUGGUGAGGAUUGUUGUACAUGGAAAGGAGUUAGUUGCAGCAACAGAACUGGACAUGUCAUCAAGCUCAACCUCAGACAACAAUUUGAUGCUAAUCAUAUGAUGAAUUCCUUGUUGGGUGGAGAGAUAAGUCCUUCUUUAGUUGAGCUGAAGCAUCUGAAGUACCUAGACCUAAGUGUGAAAAGGUUUGAUGGUAUUCGCAUUCCUGAGUUCCUUGGUUCCCUUAAGAGCUUGAGAUAUCUUAACCUCUCUAAUGCUGGUUUUGGUGGAAUGGUUCCUUAUCAGCUGAGGAAUCUAUCAAGUGUGCGUUAUCUUGAUCUCAGUACUAAUUCUUUAUUUUCAUCUUAUGGUGGAAUUGGAUUACAUACUGAGAGUUUUGAAUGGGUUUCUCAUCUUUCUUUCCUGCAAUACCUUGACAUGAGUCGAGUUAACCUUAGCAAAGCAACUGAUUACUUGCAGGUAUUGAAUAUCCUCCCUUCUUUAACAGAGUUAAUCUUAUCAUCAUGUGAACUUAAUCCAAUUCCUGAUAUUCCUGCCCCACUUGUUAAUUUUACAUCACUCAUCAUCAUUGACCUUUCGGAAAACAAUUUCAAUUCAUCUCCUCCAAAGUGGUUGUUCAUUAUUAGGGGCCUUGUUUCUCUUCAAUUGAGACAGAAUGCUUUUCAUGGUCCAAUACCAAGUGGUCUUCAGAACAUGACUUCUCUAAGGGCCCUAGACCUCUCUGAAAACAAUUUUAAUUCCGACAUACCUGGUUGGUUGUAUAAUUUGGGUAGUCUUGUAACCCUUAACAUCUCCAAUAACAAUUUGAAAGGUUCAAUUAUGAGUGCAGUUGGUAACAUGACUUCACUCACAAGGCUCUACCUGUGGGGCAAUAAGCUCAAAGGUGAGUUACCGACAACAUUGGGAAAUCUUUCCAAGUUGCAGGAAUUGUAUCUCUCAGGUUCUUGGCGUGACCAAUUGGGAUACGGAAACUCGUUUUCUGGUUCAAUUCCUCCGUCCAUGGGAAGAUUGUCAUCAUUAAGAAUACUAUAUCUGGUUGGUAGUCAAUUGAAUGGAUCUAUUCCAGAAAGUAUUGGACAACUUUCGCAGCUUGAGGAAUUGUUCAUCUGUAAUAAUUUCUUGGAAGGUGAGGUGUCUGAGGUUCACUUUGCCAAUCUCACUAGACUAAAAUCAUUCUACGCAUCUUCAAACUCAUUGUAUUUGAAAGUCAGCUCUAAUUGGAUUCCUCCCUUCCAACUCAAAGCAAUACAAUUGCGAUCAUGGCAUGUAGGACCUGAAUUCCCAGCAUGGCUUCAAACUCAGAGGAACAUUUCUUACCUAGAUUUAUCUUAUACAAGAAUUUCUGAUGAAAUUCCCUCUUGGUUUUGGAACUUAACUUCACAAAUUUCAUAUUUAAAUCUCUCCAACAAUCAGAUACAUGGUGAGCUCCCAAGAAGACUGAAACUUGAUUCUGUUGACUCAGUGUUAUUUUUUGGUUCAAACAACCUCGAGGGACCACUGCCUCAUUUCUCUUCCAAUGUUCUCCAGCUAGAUCUUUCCAAAAAUUCCUUUUCUGGGUCUAUUUUCCAUUUUCUUUGUCAAGAAAUGGAUGAACCAAGCAACUUGCAACUUCUUGAUCUCUCAGACAAUCUCUUAUCUGAAGAGAUCCCUGAUUGUUGGAUGAAUUGGAAAUCACUAGAAGCAAUAAAUUUGGGAAACAAUAAUUUCACUGGAAAUCUUCCAGAUUCUUUGGGUUCUUUAUCUGGGCUUCAAUCGCUUCAUUUGCGCAAUAGUCAUCUUUCUGGGGAAUUACCUUCAUCUUUGCAAAAUUGCAGAGAGUUGCAGAUCAUUGAUCUCGAUAAGAAUGAGUUUUCUGGAAGCAUACCGACAUGGUUGGGGAAAAUCCUAGCAAAGCUAAUAGUUCUGGUCUUACAUUCAAACAAUUUUGGUGGUAGCAUUCCACAAGAACUUUGUGAUCUAUCAUCACUUCAAAUUCUGGACCUUGCUGAUAACCACCUUUCAGGAACCAUACCACACUGCUUCAGCAAUUUCAGUGCUAUGGCCAUAGAACAAAAUUCAAGUGGACGUAUGAGUUUCUCAAAACUCCCAUUAAAUGGAGAAAUUCUGCUUUCAGAUUAUGUAAGUCAAGUUGAGGAGGUAUGGGUGAUUAUCAAAGGAAACGAGCUUGAGUAUAGCAAUACUCUUAAGCUUCUAGUGACCAUAGACCUUGCAGACAAUCAUUUGUCAGGAGAGAUUCCCAAAGAAUUGAUAAGUCUUCUUGGGUUGCGAUCGUUGAACUUAUCCAGAAAUGAUUUGACUGGGAACAUCCCUGAGAAGAUUGGGGACAUGAAACUAUUGGAAUCUCUGGAUUUAUCAAUUAACAAACUCUCUGGUGAAAUUCCUCAAAGCAUGUCAAAGAUAACAUUUUUGAGUGUCUUAAACUUGUCAUAUAACAGUUUGUCAGGUACUAUUCCAUUGAGUACCCAGCUCCAAAGCUUUGAUGCAUCCAGCUUUAUAGGCAACACCCCAGAACUCUGUGGACCUCCACUCACACAGAAUUGCAUUGAAGAUGGGCUUAACAAUGAUGUUAGAAGAGAAGAUGAAGGCAGUGUCUUUCAAAUGGAAGGGUUUUAUGUCAGCAUGGCCUUGGGAUUUGUGGUUGGCUUUUUGUGUGUAUGGGGUCCCUUACUGUUCAAAAAAUCUUGGAGAUUUGCAUAUUUUCAGUUUUUGGCUGAUAUGAUAGACAAAUAUUUUGGCUAA